GAAUGAGUUAAAACGCGACGUAAAGGCUCUUUUAGCGGACAAACCUCAUCAGCGCUCCCUCCCGGAUAAAUAACCCGCCUCUGCGCACAGUCCCACUCAGAAAAGGAGGCCGAGUUUCCACUUUCCGCUCGGAGGAGACACACCCACGGAGCGGCAGACCGAGGAGUCGAAGGGAUGCAGAGAGGAGACAGACGGUGUGAUUGAACCGCCAUCAUUACCGUUUCAGAGGCUGCGACCUGAUGGAGGCAGCAGCCGCUCCCCAGUGAUCCCAGUCGCCAUGCCAACUUUUACAACCCUCAAAGCAAACAGGAGUCCUCAGAGAAGCUGCUGAGUCUACCAGCAUAUCAGCCGCCAUCUUGGUCUGCGGGACGACGGGAGAGAUGGUUCUCCGCUGGAAUCUCCUGAUGUUGGCCUUGCUGUUGAAGACCAGUUCGGUUCAUGGAUCCAAUUGUCCAGCAGCUUCCAUCUUGUCCCAGUUUCCCUCUGAGGUUCCCGCUAAUGCCUACUGCUUGAACUUCUCUGGUUCUUCCUUCAGUGAGGUGCGCUGGUCUGUGUUUACCAACGGCACCAACGUACAGACUCUGGAUCUCUCCAACUGCAACAUCAGCCUUAUUAAACUCAGCGGAAAGCAAGCUUCUUCACUGCGGAGAGUUUUCCUAAAUGGGAACAAACUAAGAGAGCUGCCAGAGCACUUCCUGGCGGGCCAGCCCAGUCUGACCGAGUUGGACCUGAGACAGAACCAACUCCAUGAGAUUCCCAAAAGCUUCCUUCAGGACUCUGAUCGCCUCCAGAGCCUGGACUUGCAGGGGAACCAGCUGCGCUCUCUCCCUGGUGAUUUAUUCCAGAUUCCCAGUCUUCAUAAACUGGGGCUGGAUGGGAACCAGUGGGAAUGCUCCUGUUUGUUCCUGGAAGGGUUGGAGUCCGGCAGGCAGGCCAACAGGACGGACCCGCUGGAGGACCUCGUGGGGAACCUGACGUGCUCCUUUCCUCCACACCUCGCCGGCAGAACGGUGUGGUCAGUAAGCAUCAGCGACGUCUGUCGCCUGGCCGGCCUUACGGCGCUCUUCAUCGUCCUGCCUCUCCUCAUCCUCUCCGCCUUGCUGCUCUGCUGGUGCUGUGGGAGGAAGAGGAAGAAAAAGGAAACUCUCACCUUCAGCUCCUCCAAAAAGAGGCCCCCCAACUUUGGCUGCAGCAACCACCAACACCACACCAAGCAGCAGGAUCCAGGCGCUGAGCCGAGCAGAGCUGCCGACUGCGGGAAGGAGGGGAUCCUGAAGAACCAGCUGCUGCUCCGCCCGGCUUCGGGUCUCCUGGGCAGCACCAGGGACAUCUACGAGGAGGUGGAGAUCAAGCUGAGCUCAGCAGAGUCUCUUCCCGGCUCCUCGGAGGGGAGGCAGGGCCCCCAGGAGCCUGACGGGGCCAGCAAGACGGAGCUGGACACGGUCAGCGUGACAGAAGUGAUGAAAGACUCUGCAGACAGGGAGAAGGCCUAUCUGACUCAGUCCACUGAGUACUACAGUCUGGUGCCGGGCAUCGAGCUGGAGGACUCGGACCAUGGGGAAUAUGAGAAUGUAAAUAUGUCAUGACACUGAGAUACGGUGGAAGGUCACCUAUUAUGCUUCAGUGAACAGGUUAAGAUUGGUCCAAACAUCAUUCUUAGAUAAUGAGAUUUUAGUCUGGUCAGAUCCGCCAACCCAACGUUUACAAUCGCAUGUGAAGAUGGCUGCAAAAAGAUGCGCAAUUAUACAACCGUAGAGCUUUGAAAAGCAUUAGUGUAGCCUCGUACAUAACCAACAAAAAGGCAACAAGUGGUUUCUGGAUAGUAAGUCGUCAACAAAACACUUGUUUUAUUUCAGCGGCCAUUGUACAGUGCAUACAGC